AUGAAGGUCGUCGCGCUCCUCUCGGGCGGCAAGGACUCGAUCUACAACGUGCUGCAUUGCAUCCUCAACGGACACGAACCGAUCGCGGUCGCUUCCCUCGGACCGGGCAACGGCAAAGGUACGUCGGGCAUUCAUCACAAUCCUGAGAUGAUCAAAAGUUUACACUCGAACUUGAUUUACUUCCCUACGCUACCUCUCCGUUCCACUCGACUGCCUGGUUCCUUGUUCCCUCCCGUCGACUCUCGCGGGGCUUGAUCACAGACGAACUCGACUCGUACAUGUACCAAACCGUCGCUCAUUCCGGUCUAUCCCUCGUCGCCGAAUCCCUGUCCCUUCCUUUCUACACCCGCAUCAUCACAGGCACGCCGAUCAAUCAAGGCAAUUCGUACGGUUCUCGAAGUGGGCAACCUUUGAGCUCCGCAUCGACUUUGGCUUCCGAGUCCGAGUUGGGGGAGGAGAAGGAUGAGACGGAAGAUAUGUACGAGUUGUUGAGGGAUGUCAAGGUCAGUCGUUGAAUCAAGAUUACGCGGAAAAGUCGGGGUCUGAUUCGUUGUGAUUCAUCAUGCAGGAAAAAGAACCGACCGUUCAAGGCGUAGCCGUCGGCGCCAUCCUCUCCAACUAUCAGCGAGUACGAGUCGAGCAGGUGUGAGUGAUGUCCUCACAAAACACUUUUGGCAGGAAACUAACUGCUGACUCACGGAUCGUACCCCCCCCCCCCCCCACUUGCUAUGAAGUUGCUCGAGACUUGGCCUCGUGCCCAUCGCUUACUUGUGGGAGAGGAAUCAAGCCGACUUGUUGGGCGAGAUGGUCCGAGCGGGGAUGGAGAGCGUCUUGGUCAAAGUCGCUGGUGCUGGGUGAGGUUUUUGACAUCUUACCCAAAGGAUCGAGGUCGGAAUACUGAACCGGCACAUUGGGAAUUGUCUAGUUUGGGCGUCGAACACCUCGGUCGAUCGUUGAAGCAGAUGGAACCAACCUUGCACCGCUUGGUAAUCAAUCACCUUCCCCACCGAGUGCAAAGUCAUAUGCGCUGACUUGCCUAUUGCAUCUCGCGACCCUGCAGAACAAAAAAUACGAACUACACAUCUGCGGCGAAGGCGGGGAAUACGAGACCUUUACAGUCGAUUGCCCCAUCUAUAAAUCGCGUAUCGUCUUGUGCGUACCGUCGGAUCCAGUCUCUAUUCAUCAUUCCCGGGGGUGACAGCUGACCACUUGUUGGCCAAUCUCCCCCGACGCGCAGUAAGAAGACCACAACCAUCAUCUCCAACUCUGACCCGUAUUCGACCGUCGCACACCUCCACCUCGACGAAUGUAUCCUCGAACCCAAACCGAAUCAUCCUCAAAACGAGACGUUCGAACAACUUCAAGCCCGUCUCCGAUCCUUGGUGAGCGUUCCUGCGAUGUUGGAUCGAUCAAGCUUGAAGAUCUACCGUGCCGUUCGGGAAGCGUAUCGAAAUUCUAUCACGCUCGAAAGCGUUUCCCUCGACCCACGAGCUUUUACAUCCGAUCGCGCUGAAAUCUUGAUCAGCCCGUCCCCCUCCUCACCAACGAUUACGACCAUCGGUCCAUGGUUACACUUUUCCAACCUCUCACUCUCCUCCCCGACCCCCUCCUCCUCCAAACUUCCAAUCGAAUCCGAAGUAAAGCAACUCUUCGAAUCGUUGAUCGAGCUCCUUUCCCAAAAAUCCUCGACGCUCCUACACCUCACCCAUUUAACGCUCUACCUCUCCUCUGAAAAGAUGAAGCUCUUCCCGAGGAUCAACCAAGUCUAUUCGACUUAUUUCGGUACGGCGCCUCCUACGAGAGCUUGCGUCGGAAUACUACUUUCCCCUUCUUCGAACGCAAGUUCACCUCGUAUCGAAUUGGAAGGUAUAGCAUAUAACCCUUCACUCGACCCACGAACUUCAACACCAACACCAAGCACCCUCCUCAUCAACGCCGACGAAAGGGAACGAAAGAACGUUCACGUUCAAUCACUUUCUUAUUGGGCUUCAGCUAACAUAGGCCCUUAUUCACAAUCCGUUAUCGUCGAUGGGGGUAAAUCCGUUCACGUGGCCGGUCAAAUUGGAUUGAUUCCUCGAUCGUUGGAAUUACCUUUACCUACAAGAACGAUCAAGGAUCAGAUUAAAGGAGUCGUGGAGAAGGGGGAAAAUAGGGAAGAGGGGGAAGAGGUAUUCGCGAAAGAGACGAGUUUGAGUUUACAACAUUUGAGGAGGGUUUUGAUCGCUUCGAUUGGGAAGAGGCGGUUGAAUUCGAGAGAGGGGAGGGGUAGGGCUUUGAAUGCUUUGUGUUGGAUUUUGAGGGAGAGCGGGGGUACUUUUAGAGAGGAGGGGUUGGGGAGGGGUUAUGAGCGACGUUUGGAGGGGGCUAGGGAGGGGUGGAGGGUUGGGUAUGGAGUUUUACGAAGGGGCGGUGAGGAGGAUGCGUUAGAUGAGGACGAGGACGAAGAAGAGGAAGAGGAGGAUGAGGCGGACCGCGUGCCGCUCUUGUUCGUCAGUGCCGAGGCGUUACCGAAGGGAGCAAAGAUUGAGUGGCAGGUAGGUUGGGAGUCAGGGCUAAGGGACGAAGAUGACGAUGAGGGGGAGAGUGAAGAGGAGGAUGAUGAAGGGUCCAGCAUAAUCAAGGAGGUGGGAAGGACGAAAUGGUUGGAACGAGGUGAGUUUUUUAGGAUCCUGUUCGCUCACAGCAGACGUGCUGAUAAGGUCUGAGGGUACUUUGACAGAUCCUACAACUCAAUCGAGUGAUAUCGUCCUCAAAUAUUCUAAAACAAGCUCUUCGUCCCACCUCUUGACGAUCCUGGUCGGCGGAUCGACGACCUGCGAUUUCUCCCGAGCUCGUCAUGAACUGCCUUCAAUUUCAGAAGCGGGGUUGUUGAGCUUGAAAGUCUUUCACAAGCCGGGUGUUACACGGGAGCAAAGUGAGUUUUUCAAAAAUUCCAACUCGUCCGAGUGGCCCUGAUCAAUGCGACCUACUCUUGCCCAGUUGAUCGACUCGUCUCCGGUCUUCUCCCCGACGAGGUAUCAAAGCCCGAGCGACCGACUACGUCGUUCAUCUGUUGCGAACACAUUUCGACUCUCGAGAGGGAUGUUUUAGAUGUAGCUAUUUUGAUGAAUUAUGUUGUAUUUGUCUAA